AUGGGCGGCGAAGUGAGCCCGGGCUCCUUGCAGUUUUUCCGGUGCCUGGAAAAAGGGCACGUCCGGGCAAAGUGCACCGCCGACGUUGACCUUAAUGACCUCUGUUAUCGCUGCGGCCAGUCUGGCCACAAGGCGGCCCUGUGCACCGCGGCGUUCAACUGCAGCCUUUACUCUGCUGCGGAAAGGCCAGCGGAGCACAGAGUAGGCGUAGGGCCUGUGGGGCGCCUGCCAGCAAGGCCAAGGCUAAAAACAAAAAGGAAAAGAUGA